GUGGAUGUGGGUGUGGAAGCACCGUCCUCUUGACCCAAGCCCCCGCGGGGUCUCCCUAAAGCUCCUUGGGAGCCUCUGCUACUGACUGCCCAGGGACUCGUUGGCCGUGGAUGGUUGUAGAUUUACGGCCAUCUCGCGUUUGCCACUUAAGUGGCUGGGUGGAGACCUUGGUCAAAUCGCUCAACUUGUUUGGCUUCUCAUUUGUAAAGCAAGGGAGGCAUUCCUGCAUCUCCAAGCUUCUCGUCGUCUUUAAAAUCUAAGAUUCUCUGAUUGUUCCGUUUGUUGAGCUUUUACGCCAUAAAAAUGUUAGGCGUGAUAACUCGAUGGAAGUAGACAGACUUCCUCACAGAACGUUUGCAGGUUAAUGACAAAACUUCAGAUAAUUUCAUGUGGUUCUUUACUCACUUUUUUUUUUAUCACUCAUCUUUUUAAAUUGAAUACAACUGGAAAUUCAGGUUUAGUUGACAAACCACAGUAAGAAAAUGUUACUGAAACCACUUAAAAGUACAAAACUGAAGAAUUGCAGUAUUUGGUUAUCUUGAAUCUUAAUUAGUGAAUUCAGGUCAACAAACACUUAUUGAGUAUUUCUGAGAAUAUAUUUAAAAUAGAGAUGACUUUGUUGGCAAGAAUAGGUAAUUAAGAGUUUACACAGGCAGUUACUUUGCAUUUCCUGAGUUUGCAGGUGAAAUCAGAAACUCAGACCUUUAGGAUGGCUUUCCAUUGUAUAGUUCAGUUUCCAAAGGUGUGGAAAUUCCGUCUGUAAAUCUGAGGAAGAUUUUCACUAGCUUUCCAAGACACUCUUUAGUUUUAAAAGUAAGAGUCUCUGAUAGUACUGAAUAUGGAGUGGGGAUUUUGUGCUGAUGAGGCUCUAGAGAGCCCCUGAGAGCUAUAUUUCCUACUUGAGAUGUAGAAAAUGGCCCCAGAUCCAGUCCAUCUCGAAUUGAACCCGUAUCUUUAGACUUCAAACCAAAGAGAAGGACACUUCUGGAAGAAAGGCCUACGUAACUGAAAGAAAGGUUAAGAGAAUGAAAGCAGUUUAUUGCCAUCCUUGAAGAAGGAAGAGGAAAACGUAGAUGGAUGUCUGCAGCAUGUGCUGUAGGCGGUACUUGAAAAAGCUACUGUCAAAAAGACACUUCUAGCUCCAGGAACUAGACGACACAUUACUGAGUUGCUCUAAGGACAAAUGCCUAAACCAUCUCAGCAUGGCAUAUAGAGGAGGAGGUGGGCAUGGCCAGCCUCCCUCAGCUGUGCGCUCCCAUGUUAGCCCUGGAAGUCUCUCGACAUAUAGGACCCGUACCCAUAAUAUAUGCAUGGUGUCGGACUUUUUCUAUCCUAACAUGGGAGGCGUGGAAAGCCACAUUUACCAGCUCUCUCAGUGCCUGAUUGAAAGAGGGCACAAAGUCAUAGUUGUCACCCAUGCUUAUGGAGACCGGAAAGGCAUCCGUUACCUCACUAAUGGCCUCAAAGUCUAUUACUUGCCUCUGAAAGUCAUGUACAACCAAUCUACAGCCACGACCCUCUUUCACAGUCUGCCAUUGCUCAGGUACAUAUUUGUUCGGGAGAGAGUCACGAUAAUCCAUUCACAUAGUUCUUUUUCUGCCAUGGCCCAUGAUGCCCUCUUCCACGCCAAGACAAUGGGGCUCCAGACAGUCUUCACGGACCAUUCUCUUUUUGGAUUUGCUGAUGUCAGCUCGGUGCUUACAAACAAGCUUCUAACUGUGUCUCUCUGUGACACAAACCACAUAAUUUGUGUCUCUUAUACUAGUAAGGAAAACACUGUGCUAAGAGCAGCGCUGAAUCCUGAAAUAGUGUCCGUCAUCCCUAAUGCAGUAGACCCUACCGACUUCACUCCAGAGCCGUGUAGAAGGCGUGAUAGCGUAAUAACCGUUGUUGUUGUCAGCAGGCUUGUUUACAGAAAAGGGACUGAUUUGCUUAGUGGUAUAAUACCUGAACUCUGUCAGAAAUAUCCAGAUUUAAAUUUCAUAAUUGGAGGAGAGGGACCUAAGAGAAUCAUUUUGGAAGAAGUACGAGAACGGUACCAGCUACAUGACAGAGUGCAUCUCUUGGGAGCCUUAGAACACAAAGAUGUUAGAAAUGUCUUAGUUCAAGGACAUAUUUUUCUUAAUACUUCCCUUACCGAAGCAUUCUGCAUGGCAAUUGUGGAAGCAGCCAGUUGUGGUUUACAGGUUGUAAGUACCAGGGUUGGUGGAAUUCCUGAAGUGCUUCCAGAAAAUCUUAUCAUUCUGUGUGAGCCUUCUGUCAAGUCCUUGUGCGAGGGUUUGGAAAAAGCGAUUUACCAGCUGAAGUCAGGAGCAUUGCUGUCUCCGGAAAGUAUCCAUAACAUAGUAAAGACUUUCUACACCUGGAGGAAUGUUGCGGAAAGAACUGAAAAAGUGUACGACCGCGUGGCAGGAGAAGCUGUGUUACCAAUGGACAAACGACUGGACAGACUCAUCUCUCACUGUGGCCCAGUAACAGGCUGCAUUUUUGCUUUGUUGGCUGUAUUCAACUUUCUCUUCCUCCUUUUCCUGAGAUGGAUGACUCCAGAUUCUCUCAUCGAUGUCGCAAUAGAUGCCACAGGGCCAAAGGGCGCCUGGACUCAUCAUUAUCCUUACAGUAAAAAAAGGGGCGAGAAUGAUGAGAUGUCUAAACCCAGGUAGAAGAAAGCCUGGAUUGUAAGGUUUUACACAUUUGUAAUAAUUCCAGUAAGACGGUUGAAAAUAACCUUGCUUUUUUCCUUUUUUUAAAAAAAGUUUAUUUAGUAAGUUAUGCUACCUCUAUAUCAUUCAAUGUUUUAUUUUGAGGAAAGAUAAAAACUUAUGCAAUUCCUGAGUGUAGAAACUCCUUGCACUUAACUUACUUAAGAUUUAGGAGAGAACAUUGAAGCCACUCAGGUAUGAAAUUUUUCAGACUACUGAAAUCCCUCUAACAGAGAUGUUUUAAAAUUAUAUUUUGGGAGCUUUGGGUGCUGAAGGGCCAAAUGUUUUCUGGGCAUUUUUUGGCCAAUUUUAAAUGUUCUACCAUUACUUAGACAUUCACCAAAUGUUUACAGGUUUUCUUUUGGGAAGUACAACAACGAUAUGAACUAUUUUUGAGUCCUGUUCAUACCCAUUUUAGUCAUUGAAGUCACGUUCUUAGACAUUUAUUUGGUACGCACAGUAAGUGUCACAGAUCAUCAGGUUUCUUGAGCAAAAUGGUCCAUCAGUUAUUAGCAUGUUUUAAGCACCCACUGUCUGUUGAACUAGACACUUCCUGCUGUUCAGGACCAGGGGCGCAUUCAGAUGGCUCACUUCAUGGUAGUCACAGUUGACAAAAUGGGGAAAUAUCUAACAUGCCAAAAAUGCUCACGCUUUCAAUGCCAGGAAAAAAUGGUCGGCAGAUUCCAAUUCCUUCUUCCAUCUUGUAUGCAUUCUCCUAGGUAGAGCCUUUGUCGUAAUUUGUGUCUAUGAAGAAACUGUGCUUCUGAAAUACUAGGGACCGAUAUCACUGUUGAUGGUAGUGCAGAGAAACCCUCCACGUCUUCCCGUGCAUGAUUGAGUCCUCUGUAAAUGCCUUCAUGUUUUCCGAGCAGAGCGUACGACGUGUGCCAUCUCCAAAUCAGCUGCUACCCUCCUCUACCUUUGAUAGAAGUCACUUCCCUUCACUUGUGGCCUAGCUGAUGUCUGAGAAGUAUUGUCAGUGUGUGGAAGUCUUCACCCCAGAAUAUUUUAUUUAUAGCAAAUUGAGUGUGAAAAUUGUAGGAACACAGUCUCUUUGUGGAUGUCUCUCUGUUGUUAACUGUAAUCGUUGUUGCCCAGAGCCAUGGGUUUUUAAACCCCAAAUUAUCCACAUGGUGUGUCUUAUUAACUCCUUGAACUCCUUAGAAUAAGUUUUGGUGAUAAAGGACUGCGAAGUCUAAAGAAAGGAAGGAAGGUGCUGGCGGUGUUGGGAUUCUGUACAGGAUUGGUUUCCUUUUUUUUUUUUUUUUAACGACAACACUCAGCAAAACUUCUUUUUUAAAAAGUAUCUUAACAUGCCUGUUAAACGGUUGCCACUGAUAUGUAAGAAAUACGAUUUGUGUUUUGUGCUAAAACACAAAUGCAAGAGUGCGAUUUUUAAAACCUGGAAGUUAAGGGAUCUUUUGUUAAAGAAAAAUGGACUGACCCAGACCAUUAAAUCUUAUUGGAAUUUUUAUGCACAGAAACUGAUUUAUAUAAAUAUGAAAUAAACAGUGCCAGUAUUCACGAUAAAGCAAGAAACUAACCUAUGUUUUUAUUUAUUCUCUUCAGCAAUUUUUAAGGGCAUACUACUGUUUGUUCUUACAUUUUUGUUUCUCAGCAUAUUUUUGAGAUGGCCGUUUAUUUCAGAUGGAAAUGGGAUUUAAACUUCUUGCAUGUAAAAUGUGUAAUUUGCAAAUCAAAAUUAUUUCCUUUGUUUUUAACAAAUGGAAGUAAAUUUGCUUGUUCUAGUAAAUCUUAAUUUUCGGGCUUCCUGGAUACCUUAAUUGUAACUGUCAGUGUUGCACUGGUCAAUAUGUGGAAACAUAUUGUUUGACCCUGCUACUUAUAUUUAUUUAAAAGUGAACUUGCAGUGAUGAGGAUUUUAUGAACAAUAUGUUGUAUUUCUUUUGAUAUAACAAAAACUAGCACAUAUGAAACAUUUAUGAGAACAUGCUACAUGUCCAAAAAUAAAGACCAAAAUGACAUUUUGACAAUUUUCUGAGUUUGUCUUG